UUCUUUAUAGUUUUGUAAAUGACUAAAACGCUAUUAAAAAGAGGUUGAUCACCCUCCUCCAUGGUAAGGUAUGAUAACAAGAAGAGAGUAAUAUAUAGAGAAACAAUGAGCUCGUCAUUAUCAUCUCCGGUACUUAAACUAGCCAGGCCUUUUCUCCGAGGUGAGCUAGAGAAGAUCAACCCUAAACUCCCCUCUUUGAUCGCCGUCCUCAAAAGCGUCGGCGCCGGCGAGUGUUGGCACAAACACGGCAACUUUCUUGAUCACUUGGUCGACGUCUACAAAAUCCUCAAACUGUGGAAAGCUCCUGAACCCGUCUGCCUAUGUGGUCUGUUCCACUCUGCUUACUCCAACUCCUACGUCAACUUAGCCAUCUUCGAUCCCUCCACCGGACGUGACGUCGUCCGUGGACAUGUUGGUGAGGCUGCAGAGUCGCUGGUCCAUCUCUUCUGCGUUAUACCGAGACAAACUCUGAUCCACGACGACGUUCUCUUCAAGUACUCCGACCUCGAGCUCGUCGAGCAUCUUGAACUCUCUGAGGUUUCGUUGAGGAACGCCAAGGAGAAAGGUGUUUUCGAUGGAGAGGAAGUGUGGAGGAAGAAGCUGAACGGUUUGGUGCCUGAGAACGGCGUCGUUGUGAAGCAUAUCAAGACGGGUGAAGAGAUUCUUGUUUCGAGGAGAGUAGUUGGUGUCUUCUUGCUGAUAACGAUGGCGGAUUUCAGCGACCAGUUUUUUGGGUUCCAGGAUGAGCUGUUCUGUAACAACGACGGGAGACUCGAGUUUAGAGGCAACAACGUGACGGCGUUAUGGCCUGGGAAUGGGAAACCUGGCCUGUGGAUGAACUCUAGCUCGAGGACGGGUGCGAUCUAUAGUUUGAUAGUGAGGGAAGAAGAGAUUUUGAUGGAGCAGAGGAAAAGAGGUUAUGGUUCUGAGUUUGUAGCGAGGAAGGAGAGAGAUGAAGAUAUUGAGCUUGUGGUGCCUCCAGUCUUCAGCUUCUGCACCAAGGUACUAGAUGCAAAAGAGCAGAUAGAAGCAAGGGACAUGUACUGGGAAGCUGUGAGCAGCGACGCGAGCAAAGAAGGGUACUUGGAGAGAGCAGAGAAGAUGUUGUUGGGGUGUAUUGAGAAGAAUCCAUUUGUGGGAGAGCCACAUGUGUUGUUGAGUCAAGUGUAUUUGGGAAAGAAGAGAUUUGUAGAAGCAGAAAGAGAAGCUGAGAGAGGGCUUGUCCUGCUGUUGCAAUGGGGAAGUCCUUGGGACAAGAGGAUGUCAUGGGAAGGUUGGAUUGCUUGGGUUAGAGUUCUUCUCAUGAAGUCAAGUGAUCAGUCUUGGCCUGAUGUUUCUUGGGGGAUCUUGAACUUGGGUCUUGUCCGCUAAGAUUAUAAUUGUACGUGCUUGCUUAUGCUUACCAAAAUAAGGUUUAAUAAAAAAAUUGAUGAAUCAGUCGAUGCAUGUAGAUCGAAUCUUCUUGCCUUGUGGUAUAUGUCAUUGUAACUUCAAGAGUUGAAUUAUAACACCCAAAAAUGUAAUGGUCUUUCAUUAGAUAAGACGUUAAUUCAUGCAAUUAUGAAGAUUGAUCACAUUUAAUACUUCCCACUAUGUGCAACACAUGUUAAAGUAUGGGAAUUGGACGACAGAGAACUCCAAUGGGAACCAAAAGAUUCCAACGCAAGAAACUAUACGACAAAAUGAUUAACACAGAGUCUAAAAACAUCUUCAAAGUAGAGAAUGUUUGAGAUGUCGAGAAGCAAUGUCAGGACUCAGGAGUACAUAUUAUAUUCUGCUGAUUAAUUAGGUCCCGUGACUCCCGUCGCAUGGAAUUUAUGCUGAAGCUGCUUAUCCCGCAUCCUGGCCAACACGACGAUAUAUGUAAGUGACCAAGGCCGAAACGUCCUGAUGUCAUCGGUUACAACUGACAACACCACUCGUAAGUCGUAACAGAUGGUAUGUUUGGUUAUGUACAUAUUUGGUUUGCUUAACUAACUGAACGACUAAAAGUCAAAGGCUUCUUUAGUUGAAACUAGGGGUAUUCCGGCGCUACGCGCCGGGUUCGGACGUUGUUUUUUUUUCUGAAUUCAAUUAGUUUUAUUUUUUAUUUGGUAGUUGUUAGUCCAAUCAACAUAUAAUUAUUAGUUCUUGACAAUUAAGAAUCGAGAGUCAUUAGAUUUUCUGAGUGCAUGUUAGGAGAUCUCAAGCCUGGAAUCCUUAACUUUCGAAGGUAUGUGAAUGCAUUAUUGACUCCUACUGAGUGAAAAUGUUAAAAGUUUUGCCAGGCGAUGCAUUUUAUUGGUUUAUGGUUCGUAUGUAUAAGGGAAUUUUUUUUUUCUUUUUUGAAGUUUAUUGGUUUAUCCUAAACGGAAAGUUGAUGGUAAGAGUUAGUACAUGAGGGGGAGUAUUAAUGAAUUUCAAAAGUAGCAAACAACAAAUUAACUUUUAAAAAAUACUCAUGAUAGAAGAAAUGUAAAUUCAGAUUUGUCUUUAAAAAGUGAAGUAAUAAAAGGAAACAUGCAACAAAGCAUCUUCCUCAAAAUCACCAUAAUGCAAUUUGCAAUGACUCUUUGCUUCCAUAUGCUUUCUUACAGCUUCUAAGCUGCUGAAUGCAUGGCACAGCUCACUGCAGUAGAGACACAUGAAGUCUCUCUUGACCUGAAUCAUGAUCAGCAGUAGGAUAAGAGUAAAUAAAAGUUAAGAAAAUUCAAAGCUUUACAGCAAUGCUAAACUGAUGAGUCCGAACCUUAAGACCGAGGCAAGUGAAAAGCCCUUCUAGAUUAGAUACUCAACCUCUGGAACAAAAAAACCAUGGUGCUUAUACAUGUGAACCAUACAGGUCUCCAAAGUCUUAUGUUUCUUGUCACACAUCAAACAACAGGUUGGAUCCAGCUCAUAAAGGGAAAAUACAAUUCGAUCUGGUGUAUGUAGGUUUGAAGUUAAAUGAUUUAUAAAACACAUGUGAGAGAGAGAUGAAGCUUACGGUUAAAAAAAAAUUGACCAAGUACCAAUUCUAAGUAGGGAUUUUGUUUCAGUCUCUUAGAAAUAAACUUAUUCUAACUUGAUAGUAUAAUUUGAAAAUAUGAAACAAAUGAUGAAAGUAUAACUUAAGAGCAAUUCAUGCUUUCGGUUGUUGUGUAUUUAAGGAUCUAUUUCUUUCUGAUAAACACGAAACAUAAAUAUUCAUUUUGCUUUAAGCCAUUUUCUUCCGAAGUUGCUCAAUGAGUACUUCUUGCUCUUUCUGGAUAUAUAUUAGUACAUUUUAAUUGUUAUUCAAAAUGCUCAAGAAAAUAAUAUAAAUCAUUAUUAUAUUGACUAGGGAUUUUCCCGGGCUACGCCCGGGGUAUUCGUAUAAUCUUUAGUUGUUUAAUUUUUUUUUACACUUAUAAACAUAAACCUUUGAGGCAUCAAAAUAAGAAUAAAUUGUAUCCGGAGCUGAUUAAUUAACAAUUAAAGACUAUUUUAUACACUUAUAAAUGACAAAGAUUAUUUUAUAUUUGUAUAAACCGGAGGUUUAUUUGAUUGUUAUACUUUGAUCGUUUAAGUAAAGUACCGGAUUUUAUAAUCAAAUAUUAUAUUUUGCAGGCAAGGAUUAUCACAUGUUUAUAUUUGUCAUAAUUUGAGGUACUUUAUAAAGUACCUUGUAUAUACAGGCAACCGAACCCUUGGAGGUCCGAUCACGAACGGGACUGCCUCUGAGUGCCUUGAUGCAAAUCAACAUUGAAGAAUUCCUUCUCUCCUCUUCCCACUAAAUUAACUAUUCAGCUGAAGAAUUCCUUAUAUGUUUAUAUUGAAAUGUCUAAUAAAAUAGCCGGUUAUUUUGACCGGUUCCGGUUA